AUGGCUGCUACGGAGAAAAAAGGGCAAAAAUAUAAUUUUGAUAAAAUAUGUCGUGCCUGUUUGCAAAUUAAAAAGGAUAUGAGACCAUUAUUCGAGCAGCUGACGGCGACGAUGUUGAUGGGGAUAUCUAAAGUGCAGGUCGCGAUCGACGAUGGCUUACCAAAGCAAUUAUGUCUUCAAUGUGUACAUCAGAUCUCAAGAUGCUACACAUUCAAGGAGUCGAUAGAGAGGAAUGACGCCAUGCUCCAGGAACAGAAGAGGCAAGAUGAAGGGGUGUUGCAAAAGGAUCAGGAUCAUAUGGAAACAUCAUCAUACAUACAAUUCAUCGAAGUGCCUAGCUUAAAUAGUGGUCAGAAUAUUUUGGAUGGAUUCUUUGAUAACACUGACACAAAUACUGAUGUAACACAGGAAAUACUGCAGAAAGAGGAUUUUGAUAUAGAUAAGCUGCAAACAAUCCCAGACCAGCCAAAAGAAGAUGAAGCUCUCAACUCUGACGAGGAGAACUAUCUCCAAAUGGUGGUGUUCCAGUCCACCACGACGGCAGCUGGUCGCCACGUGUGUAACCUCUGUCACAAGGAAUUUAAACACGCGAGAUGGCUGAAGCAGCACCUGAAAUCACAUACAAAUUGGAUCAAGGCGAACUGCAAGAAGCCGCCAAAGUGCCUCAUUUGUGAUAGGACUUUUAAGGGUCCAGGGAUGUUGAAAAUGCACAUGCGCACACACGAACAGCGCCCACCUAAGCAGCCAACUUGCUCUGUCUGCCAACGGACCUUCCCAACAAAGACAUUACUAUACAGACACAGGCAGACACACUUUGAGCAGAAGAGCCAUCAGUGUACGGUGUGCGAGAAGCGGUUCUUCAGCGGUUACGCCUUGAGGUCCCACAUGGCCCGACAUAGGGGGGAAAGGCCAUUUACCUGCGCUGUGUGUUCCAAGACAUUCUAUAAUCCUACUGAUUUGAAGGUAAGGAUGUUAUGCUAUUUACGAUAA